CAGCUGCUGGGAGUCCCAGGUGGAACCCCGAAUGGCAGACGGCCCGCCAUGGGCUGGCACAGGGCCGGGAGUGGGCCAUCCCGGGCCCGCUGGUCCUUGUGGUCCCUGGGCCAGGCCCUCGGGGCCUGGGUGUCCUCAGCAGGAGGGCUUGGCCCAUCGCUUCCUGGGAGCCUGGCUGGUUGUGAGCCAGGUGGGGAGUGGGGGCAGGCGCUCCGAGUUCUCUGUAUUGGGUUUUGCUUGAUGAAACACCAUGGGGCUGGAGGAUCUGGGGGCCGAGCCCCUCGCAAAACCCCAUUCAAAGGGAAGAGGAAGGAGCAUUUACCGCUGGGGUCCUCCGGCGAGGGCAGCGGGCAGGGCGGCUGGGCCCGCAGAGCUGGGCGAUGGUUGUGAGCCAGCCCUCGGGGACGCUCACUAUUCUAGGGGUGAGGGGUGAGAGAUUGAAGAAUCCGGGAGGAAGGGUCUGGAGGGGGCAGCCCUGCAGACAUGGGGACACCUGAGGCUGCCUGGGAGGUGUAACCGGACCCUCUGAGCUGUGGGCACAGGGCAUCUGUGGUCCUGACCCCGGGCCUGUUCUUCCACCUCCCAGGGCGCGUCCCAGCCCCUGUACAUAAGGCCCUGCCGGCCGGGCUCGGUCAGGCCUGAGGCAUGGCCUUCACCGACCUGCUGGACGCCCUGGGCGGCGUGGGCCGCUUCCAGCUCAUCUACACGGGCCUGCUGCUGCUGCCCUGCAGCCUGCUCGCCUGCCACAACUUCCUGCAGAACUUCACGGCCGCCGUGCCCCGCCACCACUGCCGCGGCCCCGCCAACAGCUCGGAGGCCUGGCUGCGGGCCACCGUCCCCCGGGACCGGCUUGGGGCGCCCGAGCCCUGCCGCCGCUUCACGGAGCCCCAGUGGGCCCUCCUGAGCCCCAACGCCUCAGCCCCCGGGGCCGCCACCGAGAGCUGCCGGGACGGCUGGGUCUAUGACCGCAGCGUCUUCCCCGCCACCAUCGUGACGGAGUGGGACCUGGUGUGUGAGGCCCGCGCCCUCCGCGACCUGGCUCAGUCCGUCUACAUGGCCGGGGUGCUGGUGGGCGCCGCCGUGUUCGGCAGCCUCGCGGACAGGCUGGGCCGCAAGGGCCCCCUGGUCUGGUCGUACCUGCAGCUGGCAGUGUCGGGGGCCGCCACGGCGUACUUCAGCUCCUUCAGCGCCUACUGCGUCUUCCGGUUCCUGAUGGGCAUGACCUUCUCUGGCAUCAUCCUCAACUCCCUCUCUCUGGUUGUGGAGUGGAUGCCCACCCGGGGCCGGACCGUGGCGGGCGUCCUGCUGGGCUUCUCCUUCACCCUGGGGCAGCUCAUCCUGGCCGGAGUGGCGUACCUGGUCCGGCCCUGGCGCUGGCUGCAGUUUGCCGUCUCUGUUCCUUUCCUCAUCUUUUCCCUCUAUUCCUGGUGGCUGCCAGAGUCGUCCCGAUGGCUCCUCCUCCACGGCAAGUCCCAGCGAGCUGUGCAGAACCUGCGGAAGGUGGCCGCCAUGAACGGGAGGAAGGAGGAAGGGGAGAGGCUGACCCAGGAGGUGGUGAGCUCCUACAUCCAGAGUGAGUUCAUGAGCGUCCGCACUUCCACCUCCGUCCUGGACCUCUUCCGAACCCCGGCCAUCCGCAAGGUCACGUGCUGUCUCAUGGUGGUCUGGUUCUCCAACUCCAUGGCUUACUACGGCCUGGCCAUGGACCUGCAGAAGUUUGGGCUCAGCGUCUACCUGGUUCAGGUCCUGUUCGGGGUCAUAGACAUCCCGGCCAUGCUGGUGGCCACCACCACCAUGAUUUACGUGGGCCGCCGAGCCACAGUGGCCUCCUUCCUCAUCCUGGCUGGGCUCAUGGUGAUCGCCAACAUGUUUGUGCCAGAAGAUAUGCAGACCCUGCGCACAGCCCAGGCAGCGCUGGGCAAAGGCUGCCUGGCCAGCUCCUUCAUCUGCGUGUACUUAUUCACGGGAGAGCUGUACCCCACGGAGAUCAGGCAGAUGGGGAUGGGCUUCGUCUCGGUCAACGCCCGUCUCGGGGGGCUGGCUGCGCCCCUGGUCACCACGAUCGGGGAGUUCAGUGCCAUCCUGCCACCUGUGGCCUUCGGGGCCACCUCGAUCCUGGCCGGGCUGACCGUCUGCUUCCUGGCUGAGACCCGCAACACACCCCUGGUGGAGACCAUUGAGGUGAUGGAGAGGAGAGCCAAGGGCCUCUCCAGGAAGGAUGCGGAGGGGAGGAGCGAAGACAUUUCCCUUCAGCAGCUGGGAGCUUCUCCCCUCCUAGAAACCAUCUAAGGUGCCCAGGGCCCGGCACACGCUGGUCGUACCUCAGCCGGUGUCCGGCUUCCUGGCGCUGACCGGGGUCGAGCUUGGCCAAGGACCAUGGUGGCUCCAUCAGCCCAUGUCAAAGAGCCACCCAAAGCCAGUGCUGGGGCUGCCGGCAGAAACCAGACCAGCAGCCACUGGCAUCACAAAUGGAUAGAAAUUGAGGAGAAGCCAUGCCCAGAGGCCGAAGGAGGGGCCGUUUUCCUUCCCACCUCCAACUCGGCCCCUGAAAACCUCUCUUUUCAUUCUUGUUCCACCUGAAAGCGCUGGGUCCUUGCAGGGUUAGGGUGACAUUUUGGCCCCUGGGUGUCCCUGAAACGGCCCCGCCCACUUGUCCUUGAAAACUCACUGUGCUCCAUUCCUGACACAUUACUCUCUGCUGCCUUGAGGAUUAAAGCUCUCUCCCCUGUGUGUGUGGCUUACCUCCUCGAGGGCACAUGUCCCCAUGCCAGAGCCUGCUUGCCCCUCGCAGUGGGCCUCGCAGAUGGUACCCGCUCAAUAAAUAGUUGAUGAAUAAACGAUGAAGCCAGUCCCGGGCGAUGGAGAGACCUCUACCCAUGGUUGCAUUCUAGCGAUAUCACUUUGCAGAAGACAUACAGAGGGUGAAUCCCUGGCAUAGCAUAGCUCCCCUCUGACCUCAGAUCAUUUCCAGCCCAGAUGUUCGAUGUGUACCUGCAUUCCUGACCCUGACCUUCACCAGAAUUCAGAUUAGAUUCAUAAGGGAUUCAAAUCUUGGCCCAUUGGGUAGCCUUGGGCAAGUUUCCUUGUCUAACCCCUUCCUCCUAGAGUUUCCAGGGAAUCAAACAAGAUAAACAGUCCCCUACAGUCCGAGGAAAAGCACAAUCUAGGGAAGAAGUAGGAAUAUCAUAGUUUGGGCAAAAAACACCGCAACCUGACAUUUCGCCAAGGUCAGUCUUUCAGCAGCCUCGCCCUUGGAGCAGAGCUGGAGUGAAACUCCGCCGGACACUGUCCCAAGGCCCUGGCCUUCAUGCACCAAUCCCCCAGGCCCUCCCUUAGAAGUAACCUCUCUUUCAACAACCCGAUACAUGAGCUUUCCUGCCUGAAUUGUUCUCAACUCACAGCCCUCAGCAGAUCAGUAAAUUUGAAAGGCGGAGGGCUGCUGUGCCUGGUCAUACUUUAAGAUUCACUUUGGGAGUCACCUCUUCCAGGAAGCACUCCCUGACAACCCCUUGCCUACCUCUAGGCUCCAGUCAUGCUCCUUAUAUAUCCUCCCUACUGUGUUGUAAUGGAUCCAUUUACAUGCUGGUCUCACCCGGUGGCUCCCUGAAGGCAGAGUUAGGCCAUCUUGGCCUGGUUCUGUGGCCUGCACAUAGUAAGUGCUCAGUUCACAUUAUUGGGGUGAAUGAAAUAGGACACUAAAAACAAAAGUGAUCUGUCACUGCUGAACGCUGAGGAGGAGGUAGAAAAACUAAAUGGAAAAUCCAGGUAGAAUAGCAAGAUUUUGUAUGUAUUUUAAAAACCAAUCUGUGCCCGGCCGGCAUGACUCAGUGGUUGAGCGUCGACCUAUGAACCAGGAGGUCACGGUUUGA